GCAGAAUCGCUUGGACUUUUACUCAUCUGAUCCUGAUAGGAAUCCCUUAUCGGCAUCUAUUGUUCAAGUUCUUCAACAAAUGUUUGAUGCCUCUAAUGUUCUGGUACGUACUUUUCGUUCAGCAAGAGAUAAGAUAGGCCAAUAUGGUGUUGAUGAACUGUAGGUUAAAUUAUUGGCCAAGCGGGAGGCUAAUAGUAGGGAAUAUGAUUUGCCCUCUGCAAAUGAGAUUGCAGCCUUGAUUGUAGAUGAAACUGGGGAUGAAACAUUCUCCCCUGAUAUAAUAGUUCAGCAUUGUACAUCUCAGAUGGAAAGAAUAAGCAUGUACCAUCCCAGUCUAAUGGCUUUGCAAUAUCCAAUUUUAUUUCCAUAUGGAGAAGAUGGGUGGCACCCAAGUAUUAGUUAUGCUCAGAAUACAUAUGGGAAAAGUGGUUUGGAGAAAAUGGUAACACAAUGUGAGUAUUAUAGCUAUCGUCUUCAAACAAGGUGUGGUGAAUCAAAUUCUUUGUUGCUAUCUGCAAAAUUGUUUCAACAAUAUGUCGUUAAUGCAUAUGCUUUAAUUGAGGCUGAACGUUUGGAUUGGAUGCGUAACAAUCAGUCCAAGUUGAGAGGUCACCAUUACCAAGGGUUGGUAGAAUCUUAUUUGCGUGGUGAUAGUGAUCUGAAGUUAUCUGGAAAGCCGGUUAUUCUAGCUGCUACCCACACUGGAAGUCCAAGAUACAAAUAUGAAAAUUUUCAAGAUGCUAUGGCCAUUUGCAAAUGGAUUGGAUAUCCAGAUUUGUUUAUCACCUUCACCUGUAAUGCCAAGUGGCCUGAGAUUCAGCUUAUGGUUGAUUUGAUUAGGGACUUCACUGGCCAGGAUCCUAAUCGUGCCGAUGUUAUAUCAAGAGUUUUCAAGAUUAAACUGGAUGAAUUCAUGAUGGAGAUCAAGGAUAAAUAAAUUUUUGGGAAAAUACGUGCAUGUAUGUAUCCUGCUUAUAAUAUCUUAUAUGCUCUACUCUUUCUUCAUUAACAAUGUGAUUAAUUUUUCUAAUUAUUGUUGGUAAAUUUUAACAGAUGUUUUGGCAAUUGAAUGGCAAAAACGUGGACUCCCUCACGCACACCUACUCCUAUUUCUUGCGGCUGAGAAUAAGCCUCAUGGACCUUCUGACAUUGAUUCUAUAAUAUGUGCUGAAAUCCCAAAUCCUGAUCUGGAUCCUGAAUUGUAUACAAUAGUCACGACUUCUAUGAUGCAUGGACCAUGCGGUGCCUUACGUCCCAACAAUUCAUGCAUGAAGAAUGGUAAAUGUACUAAACAUUACCCAAAGCAAUUUUGCAGUCAGACUAUAAUCGAUGAUAACGGUUUUGCCAAAUACCGUCGGCGCAAUAAUGGUAGGACAUUUAACUGUGGAGGUGUGGAACUUGACAAUCGAUGGGUUGUUCCGUAUAAUCGAUACUUGCUACUACGGUUUGGAGCUCAUAUUAACGUUGAAUUUUGCAACAAAACAAGGUUGGUGAUUAUUUCGUAUAUUUCUACUAUCUUUUCUAAUUGAUAAAUUUUUUUUGCUUACAAUAUAUAUAUACAGUCAUAUAUGGUAUGACACUUAAUCAGGAUUGCACAAAUAUGUCCAUGUCUAUCUUUGUUACACAUGUUCCAACGAUAUAACUUGGGAGUUAGGUGUUUAUUACUAUAAUUUUUAGUAUUGUCUAUACACAUGUAAUGUAUAAAGGUCAUACUAUAUGGUUUUGUAUUUUCAGGGAUGUGAAAUAUUUGUUUAAGUAUGUCAACAAACCUGAGGACCGUGCAUUGGCAACAUUGACUGCACAAGAGCAAACAUCUACUAUUGACAGUGGCUCUGCUCCAAAGAAAGUUAUCAAAAUUGAUGAAAUUAAAGCCAUCAUGGAUGCUCGGUAUAUAACUUCUGGUGAAGCGUGUUGGCGAAUCUUUAGGUUUGAUAUUUACAAUCAGUCUCCCUCAGUGUUACGUAUGUCUUAUCAUUUGCCUGGAGAAAAUAUAGUAUACUCUAAUCCGAAAUCCCGUGUGCGAGAUGUUCUUGACUCCAAUGGGAAAACAAUGUUGUUGGCUUGGAUGGAUCUUAAUGCUAAGUCAAGUGAAGCUCACAAAUAUACCUUUGCAGAGCUUCCACAAUAUAAUGUAUGGAAACAGAACGAUAAAAAGUGGCAGAAGCGGAAGAAAGGGAUGUGCAUUGCAUGAUUGUAUUACUGCUACCCAUCUGCACAAGAGAGGUACUAUCUGCGUAUGUUGUUGCAUGUCGUAAAGGGUGCUUCCAGUUAUGAGGAUAUUAGAACUGUCAAUGGUGUUAUCCAUCCGACAUUUUAGAAAGCAUGUUAUGCACGUGGUUUGCUUGCUGCUGAUUCAGAAUGGAAUGAUUGCUUGAAAGAAGUUUCCUUUUGGGCAACAGGAUAUAAACUUCGGAAACUCUUUGUUAGUAUUCUUAUUCAUUUUCAAGUGGCCGAUGUCCAAUCUUUAUGGGAUAAGAAUUGGAUAGUACAUAGCGAUGAUAUAUUGUACUCCAGGAGAAAACAACUCAACCUUCCACAAUUGAACUUGGAUGAGGAUAAAAUUAAAGAGCUGUGUCUACUUUCGAUUGAUGAGUUAUUGCAUAAGUAUUCAAAGACUCUCGCUGAUUUUCCAGGAUUGCCAAUUCCUAAUCAGUGUAUGACAUCAGUUGAUAUGAAUAGGUUAGUUGCAGAAGAGAUGUGUCGUACCUCCAAUGAAUUUGAUUUUGUACC